AAAGAUUUUAAUAUUAUGGAUACCCGCUCAUGAAUUCCCGAAAAUAUUAAACCAUGAAAAACAAAGUUAUUGUUCACACUAUCGAUAAAUUGUCCGAUCUGCCAAAAAAUGGUUUGUGCAUAUUUUGUCAACAAUCUUUCCAUAAUCAAGAUUUCGAUCAAUUGAUCAUCAAAGAUGGCAUCCAUAUGCACUAUUUUUGCCUGUUAUUUUCAGCCGGUCUGACCCAAAAAGGUGAGAACAACAAGGAAGAUAAGGAUGAUUUAUUCGGAUUUGUCAUGAACGAUAUACUCAAGGAAUAUAGACGCGCCUCUAAAUUGAAAUGUUGCUGGUGUAAAAAGCUAGGUGCCAGCAUGGGGUGCAAUGUCAAAGCUUGUCGCAAAACUUACCAUUUCCCUUGUUCGCUAAACGUCGAUACCCUAAAUCUAUUUUAUGGCAGUUUCAGCUCUUAUUGCCCUACGCACCGUCCCAAAUUUCCUCUCCUCGAUUUGAGCUCGCUUAAGGACAUGGCUUCCCGCAAACUUUGCAACGGAGGCGCCCAUUCCAUCGCCAACGGAUGUUUUAAAAUAGCCAAAAAGAGACGCCCCAGAAGAACCGGUUCUUACCGCGUCAUAGAUUACCGCAAAAAGAGAAAGGGGACAGCUGCCAAAGAAAUCGAGCACGAGGAUCCCUCGAGCAAAAAUUCGGAGGAUAAGGAUGACGCCAAUAUUAAUGGCGGCGAAUCCGUCGGAAACGAUCAUGUGGAUGAGAACGGGGCCAGCGCGACUAGCGACAAGGUCAUGUGUUUGAUUUGUAUGGAGGAGAUGGGCCAGGCGGAUAUGAGGGAAUUUAGCGUAUUACGGUCGGAAUGUUGCAUCAAAGCCUUUUUCCACAGGGAAUGUAUUCAGAAACAAGCCAUUCAUUCUGGUUACCUCUUUCAGUGCCCAGCUUGCUGUAACAAAGAAACGUUUAGAAAUAGUAUGCUGAAAAUGGGGAUAUAUAUACCCGAGAGAGACGCCUCGUGGGAACUCGAGGAAAACGCGUUUCGCGAAUUGUACCAAAGGCCCAGCGAAUGUUCGGCCUUUUACUGCAUAUGCCCUGACGGAAGGAAUUACAAAAAAGACUUGACGGUUUGGGAUUUAACGCUAUGCGAAUCUUGCGGCGGACAGGCCCAACACUUGGCCUGUUCCGGUCUCGAAAUGGCGGGUGUUCACACUUGGUUUUGCCAGGAUUGCGCUCCGAUAAGUUCCCACCUGCUCCACAAAGAUCCCUGUUUUUACAAACGUUCUCGCAGACCUAUUCCUUCUAUUUCGAAAUGUAAUUCGAACUCUAUUCCUCCUGUCAAUCAUCUAUUACCCGCUUCAAACGGUUACUCUACAGAAUUGCCCUUUCUUUCUGGACAUGAUACAGAUGGCGAUGAUCAUCGCAAAUCCGAAUCGCUGUUCGGAGAACAUGAGAAUAGAUUGACACGAACGCAAAGCGAUUCGAACAGCGACGCCGAAGAAUAUUUUAACAGUUCGAGCGAUAUACAAGAAGAUAUAAUACAGCGUCCGCUAUCCCCUAACAGUUACGACCCCUAUGAGUGCUGUAACGAUAUAGUUCCUUCCACUUCUAAUACAAAUAUCUAAUCAUAUUUUUUUAUUUAUUUUGAUUCCAUGAUUUCCGAUAUUUAUUGAAUAAAUUUAUUAUUAUCGCAAUUCCUCAUCAACAACAUUAUUUGUACAGUUUAUAUUUUUAUCAACCAAUUAUUUCCUUUUCAAAACUAUUUUUUUGUAAUUAAUUAUUAUUAAUACCUAAAAUUAAAUGCCAAGAAAUUCCCAUAUCUUUCUCCCAAUUCCAUCCUUUGUAAUAUUAAAUUAAAAUAGAUUUUUUUUACAUCACCUAGGAAAAGAGGAAAAUCAAAAAAGCAUUUACUUAAAAUUCUCUAAAUAGAACAUGUAAUGGAUAAGAUUUUAAAUUAUUUGUAAAUUUGUGAUUUUUUUGAUAAAAAAACUUAUUGGGGGCCAUAAAAAUAUCAUUUUAUACCUCAAAUUAUAAAUGAAUCUGGUUAGCUCAAUCUUUGUGAAAUUUAGUGAUUCUGAUUAGCUAAAAAGGAAAUUAUAUUCCCAUUUUUAUUAUACUGUGAAAUUAUAUUUAUUGAUUAUUUUUUUUAAACGUAUAUAAGUUAUUGUAAUUUAUAAAUAUAAUUUUUUUUUUAUAACUCUUGUACAUCCGUAAUAACAUGACAAUUUAUAAUAUAUGUAAUAUGAAUAUGGUUAUUUGAUACGCACUUUAGUGUUAAUUUUAUGAACAUGGUAUUAUAUUUUUUUUGCCACAUUUUGUCGUCCUAAAUUGAACGGUCAGAUAUGGAUAAUUUUUUUUUCUAUAUUACACACGGU